AUAACCAAGCAUAAAGACGUUUUUUUCCUUUCGUUUGGUUAAAUUUAUUGUAAUAGCAUCCGAGAGCACAGCAAUUGCUGCUUUUACAAAGAAAAUUUAUUUAAAAUAAAAUAAAAAGAAAAUUUUCCAGAGAAAUUAAACUCUAAUAAAAACGAGAAUUAACGAAAAUGGUGUCUGUGGAAACAAUUGGAUCAAUUUUCCUAAAAGUGUUUAAGCUGGUGGUUAAUAUAAUCGUGUUGAUACUAUACAGAACCGGAUAUGGUGGCGAUUUUCUCGGUGUGGGUGGUACAUGGAAUUUGAACGAAGAGAAAAAUGCCGAUGCCGAAAUUGUAGCAUCUGGAGUGUUUGUUGGAUUUAUGAUUUAUACGUCCGUACAGUUAAUAACAUUCUGCUUUGGCACAACAGCUCAUAAAAGGGAAUUAUCGGACACAAUAAUGAAUUUUGUGGGAGCAUUUAUGUGGGUGGCAGUCGGUGGAACGGCAUUACACUAUUGGAACGGUUAUUUGGCCGAUCAUGAUUUCUUGCAUGUUGCCACCGAACGACAGGUUGGCUUGGCACUGGGAUCAUUGUGUGUAAUUUCUGGAGCAUUGUAUGUGGUCGACUGUGUUCUGGCCUUUGUUCAUUUCGCAAAGGAACAGAAUUAAAUGCAUAUGGCAUCGAAACAACGUCGAUUUAAGUAAGCUAACUGUUAAGAGAAUGUCCGUGUGUAUUUUUUUUAGUUUAAAUUUAGACUUAUUUUUUACACAAGUACCGCCACUUAUUUCAAUUUUGUAAUGUUCAUUUUGCCAUUAAGUAAAAAAAAGAGUAAAAAAUAGGUUAACUAUGACAAAACGAAAUCGAGCCAAGUAAAUCAAUAAAAUUCAAUUUCAUAAUCAAAUAGCAUUCAGUUAAACGACUACAAUGACAUAGCAUUAAAAAAGUGCAAACGAAGUUUUAAUAAUGUAAAAUUGUAAGGGAUUGAUUUUAAAUAAAUAUUUGAAAGGAAAAAAA